AUGUUGCCCUCCGCGCGGGAGGUGGAGGAAUUAGUUGUGGCAACUCUGAGAGGCGGCAACUGGGCACGUGCCGUAAUGCUCUUUGCGGGAGCACUGAAGCUUCCGUGUGUCCCGACUUCACGGACGUACGCUGAAGUCGUUGCAGCCGUCGCGACGCGCAGCACAUGGGAAGUGACAGUGCAGGUGUUGGACCGAUUGCAGACCAGUCCUCUCUCUGCCCGCGCUGUGUACCACACGGCAGCGGAUGCAAUACUUGCAAGGAACGAUGGAGUUCUACCGGAGAAACUUCUCGCGCUUAUCCUUUCAGCCCGGCGCCGCCGAGUGAUUCUGGAUGCCCGUCACUACAUGCAGUGCAGUCGUCUGUUGCUGGAUUCUGGUGACUGGCAUGGUGCACUUCUUGUGUGUUCACAUGAGCGUCUGAUUCAGCAUGCGCCGUUUCUCGCGCAGCCGACGAUGCUCGCGGCGGCGGCCGGUCACCACUGGGUGGCGGGAUUAAAGAUUAUGUCUUCUCUUCUUGCCUUGGGCAACAUACCGAGUGCGGCCAUUACAGAGAGCUUUAUUCGCUGUUUUUCUCCCACCUCGCCGUGGUGGCGAGCGCUUGCAGUUGCAUCCGUACUCACUUGCCGAGAUGCACCGGAGGUCAAGCAACGCGCUCAUGAUCUUCGUGAGGAAGUAACGCACCAUGCGAAGUCGCCUGAAAUAAAUGCCAAAGAGGGAAGACGUCGAGUGUUGUUGCGUGUUGCCAAUGGUGGCCCAAUGCCAGAGGACCUCACGAUGGGCGAAGCGAAAGAGGUUUUGGCUAUGAUGAAGGACCGACAGUGGGAGAGGGCGUUGGAUUUGUUUUGCGCAUUUCCGGCGCUAUUGGAGCUUACACCAAGACCUCCAGCCUUGUUGUUACCUAUGACAGUUCUAGGCAAUGUGGCACGUCGUUUGCGUUACUGGGAAGCUCUUUGGGAAGCUGUUUCUAGGACCCUCAUUGCCGUCCCAAUGGAUAACGUUCUUUCCGCAGCGAGUCUAUUUUUGGCGUAUAUGCGCAUCGAGGAGCAGGGCGCCGACGCACAGGAGAAGGCGAAGGAAGUGGCACGUGCAAGGGACGCUGUGAUUGCCUUUAUUAACAACAGGCGCAUGCAUGAGGGUAGGGCGCUGGAACCAGCCGCUCUUCACUCUUUUGUGCAUUCCACUUGUACGCGUGGCUGCUGGGAGGACGCGUUGUCCUUCACCGAGAGGCCCGCUGUGGUAUUUGCAGAACUUGUGGAACGCUCCAACUGGCAGGCCGCUAUUGCAAUUUACGGUACAAUGCUUCCAAGUGCCCAAGAGCGCGCUGGCCCCCAGUUGGAGCAUUUAUUUAUCUCAAUGGGUUUGUGGGUACCAGCGUUGCGGUAUGCCCAAAGUUAUUUACCAGACGACACAUUUGCGCUACGCAGCUUGGCUAUUCCACUCUGCGCGGCCCUUGGUCAAUGGCGUCGCGCGUUGCAUAUGUUGUUUUGUCACGUUCCGUUACCCACCGCAGCGGAAGCAUUGCUAAAACGCUAUUGUUUUCUGCGCCACACGGAGGAGACAAUUUACGAGGCCUCCGAAAGUGGUGAUUGGAUGAAGGCCUUGCAGGCGUGGAACGCUGUUCGCCAGAUUCCUUAUGAUCGAACGAUUCUCGCCAGAAGAGGAGGUGAGGGAAAUACAGAUGAGGAUGCACACCCAUGUAUUUCACCCCAUGCUCUGAAGUGUACAGCCAAAUUACUGCUUGAACAUCAACGCUACGACGAUUGUUGUUUGGUACUUUCGUCGCACAAGCCUACCGCAUCGGACCCUCUUCUGCUUCGUUUUUUACAGAUGUUCUACUACAUUCGUCUCUCUCCACUUUCUUAUGGACGUGUACUGCAGAAGUACCGAGAGGCACAUGCGCCCUACAGAGUGGUGCUUGACGGUUAUGCAGUUCUUGCACUAAGUGUGAGUGGAAACCAUUCGGGUGCCUUUUGGAUUCUUCGGAGUUUGUCUUCAACAAGGGAAGCAGAGCUUGAAAACGCCAUAGCUCGAGGUUUUGACGAGGUCCCUCAUGUGAAACAAAUGUUCUCAUCUCUUCUUCUUAAGGGAGCGAAGUCCUCACAAGUAGUCGAUCUAGAAGCUGUCAUGGGAAUGCUCAUACCAUGUGUGAAGUCAUUUGAGGAAGUGAAUUUAUUCAACGAGCCAUUGACGGCUUUCUGGGGAAGCGACAGCGACGCCCUUCGUGAGUGUGCACUCAGCAUAUCAACAAAGCUGGCGCAACACAUGAUGGCGAAAGAGCUUCCCGUUCCUUGGGCUGUCUUGCGCAUUGUGGCAGGAGGGCUUGAUCGACCGGCUGAGUGUUCUACUGCGCAUCUUCUUUACGAAGCCGUGCGGCAACAGGGCGUGUUGAGUACAACAGAAGAAGUGGAACGUGUUGGUGACGAAAAGUCUGGGUUUUGGAGACCAUCAAAAGAGGAGAGAGACAUAUUUUUUAGGCGGUGCGCAGAGGCUUUUAUACGGAUGGGCCACUGGAGCCGUGCUCUUGAGGCGAUGCAAGACUGUGAGGCAACCGACGAGAUGACACUCUUUCGAAUAGCAGUUCUUUUGAAGGAAGAAAAGGAUUGCCGUAUGCGAAUGGCACAUCGUGUCAUUUUGGAAGCCACGUCAAAUGAUGACAAAAACACCAGUGAUGAUAAUUCUAGUCUCGUACUUGGUCGACAGGCGGAGGAAGCUUUAUUCGCACUGACACAGCUCCAUGCAUGGAAAGCUGCUCUUGUGGUGUUCAAUGGUGUUGUGGCGGGAGGAAGACACUGGUCACGUGGGUCCGGUGGUUCCUUGAGCAGCGGUGUUGUUAAUGCUUUACUUUCAAGUGUUGCAAGUUUUGGUCACUGGGAACUUGCCCUGCAAAUUUUGAAGACAGUACAAAAGGAGUUUUCGAAUGUGAUUGCUUUUAUUGAUAAGGGGAUAACGGAUGUGCUACGCUCCGUGCGGCGUCAUGGUGGUGCCAUCAUGUGCAGCAAGUUAUUGUUGUUUUUCGUGGAAGAAAUGGGUGGUGUGCCGACGCCAUUGCAGUAUGAAGUUCUAUUGGGUUCCGUUUUGGGGUCACAGUUGACGGCGGUGGAGCGUGACGUUUGUGCCGAAAACCUCAAGCGGCUUAGUCAGUCGCUGAACGAGAAGCAAGUCAUUGAUCUUAUUCUUGCCAUCACCAUUUCAGGCCGCUCAUGGGAAGAAGAGGACACCGAUGGUGCGAUCGUGCUGCCGUUUGCCGGGAUGGAAAGGCGUCAAAGAAUGGCUUUGAGUAAUCAUCCUCGCCCAACGUGCUGGAUCCCGGUGGAGCGUCCACCCCUAAGUGUGGAUGAGUUCCAUCAGCUCUGUCAUCUUGCCCCCCGAAUUGUCCUUGCCACCUCACGAGGACUGGAAACACUCUCUCAGGAAGCAUUCUCGGGGCGAUUCCGACCCUUUGAGCUGAAACUUUUGCUCCAGCACUACCGAAUGGAGGUUUUGGCACUGGUGCGGGACACAGGAGACGGCGCAUUGGCGCUGGAUACUCAGUUGGUUGAAUACUGCAGGGAAAGCAAACUUUUGCACAUACUCCUCUUGCCGCAUGAACGUGUCUGGCGAAGAACACUGCCCCCUGUAGGGACGGAGAGUGCAGCCGCGUUCAUUGAACGGCUAACGUCGGCAGUUUUUCAUGGGUUUGCGUCACCGCAGACAGUGGCGGCAGUGUGGGAAAUGUGUCAUCCGUUUGUGACAAAGCUUGCUGAAAAGCGGUGGCCUUGGCUAUGCGAAUACGAGCUCCUGCGGGCGGUGCGAAGACGUGGCGGAAAGCCCCCUGCUUCACUUCUUACACGACCAGAUGCCUCGCGGGUUGAAAUUACGUCUUAUUGGGCCACGUACGGUCGCGCUAUUUGGCCUGAGCUGUUUUUUAGCGGUCCGGAACUCUGUCAGCUGGCGGUGUAUGUCCCCCUUGUGGAGCCUUUGCUUGGAAAAGAAGAGGAGCUUUCUGAACUUCUUGCUGGUAUUCAAUUGACUCACUUUUCAGUGGAGGCGAUACCGCAGGGUGAGGAGCUUUUGCGUCAGCCGCGCUCCGUGAGGGCAAUUCGCGCCGUGUUCAAGCUGGCUUUUAAAACACUUAAGCGUCUUCAUACGCAACUCGAUACGGACGCCCGCGGUGGGCGAUUCUACUACCACCACCAUCCAGAUGCCUCAUUGUGGAAACGGUAUUCAUCUGAGGCUAACAUGAAAGAAAGGUUGCCGCGGUGGGCGCUUGCGCUGCGCAUCAUUCAUCACUACCGGCGCUUCACAGCUAACACAUUGCCCCCACGUAUGUUAGCAGCUCUCUUUUCCGCUUGCGCCUCUGACGCUGCCGAGGCCACUUGUGUUCCAAAGAAAAAAGCAAAGCAGCCAAAGAAAUUAUCAUUCUGGGAACUAGCAAUUCAAUGCGCGCAGACCGUUGAGCCGAAAUUUACUCCGACGUUGUGGUACCAUGCGAUGCAAUUGGCGUGUCUGCAAAUGUCAUUUAAGGGUGCUUACGCGAGGGCUUCUGAAGAAUACUGCCUAGAGGACAUGCAUGACACUUCCCUACAGGCUACAAGUCGUGUGCUGCUGAGCCAUGCGAAGAAGAGAGAUGGAAAGAUUCCCUUUGCUGUGUCGCUGUUGUUGAUUGAUCAAAUGAAGGAAUUGAUGGACGAGGUGCACUCUCGCGAAUAUGCCCAGGACGAGUCCACCCAGGGAGAAGAUGCUCUCACUCUCUGGGCAUUGUUGCAGAACCAUGGCUGCUUGGAAAGAAUGGAGCCACCGCACGCGGUGCUUUUGAGGAGACUUUUUCUUGAAGGGAAUCCUUCUUCGGAGGCGUUGUGA